AUGUCCGAUCUUACUAAUUCAGAAAUACAAAUCGAGAAAACUGAACCAAUUUUAAGUACAGAAACUAUAGAACCAGUUAAAGAAAAUGGGACCAAUUAUGAAGAUAAACCUAUCUCUGGGGGCUGGUUGUAUAAGCACGGUUAUAUUUUUGGGGGUAGAAAUCAACGAUACUUUAAAUUCGAUGAAGAUCCUAUUCCUAAAAAAAAUUUUAGUUUAUAUUACAAGAAAAACGUAAAAGAUGUGCCUAUAAAAGCUCCUUUCACAAAAUUGUCAGCUGAGAAAAGCGAUACUCCUGCACCUGAUGCUUCUGAAAACAAAGAUGAGAAAGAGAAGAAUCAACCCCAAAUCAAUUCGAAGAAAAUAACAAGAUAUUUUUCUGCAACAUUGCUCACGCUAUUCAAACGGGCAAAGGAUAUCAAUACAAACAAAUUCAAAAUACUUACUGUAGAUGGCAAAGAAUAUUUGGUGGAAGCAUACAGCGAAGAAUCUAAGAAAUGUUGGGUACAUACCAUUAAAAUUAAGGUUAAAGAAGCUGAAAAUCUCGAUGGUAUUUACACUAGUGAUGGAUACAAGGAUAUUUAUUAUCAACUCGUAACUAAACAGUUCAUUGUUUCUAAGGAUGGAGGUGUAACUUCAGAUUUUAAUUUGCUUUCUGAUGGUGACGAGAAACAAAGGAAACAAGAUGGUAAACGUAAAUCUCUAUUUCCCUUCCCUCGAUCCAGAAAGUUUCCUGAUACUUCUACUAUUACCUGGUUGGAUUAUGUAUCGACUUCUACUAUUGAAAUUCCUACUACUGAGACUGCUACUACUGCAAUUCAUACUACUGAGACUGCUACUACUGCAAUUCCUAUUAAUGAGGUUACUACUGAUAUUACUACUACUGAAACUGAACCCAAAAAUAUUACUAUCGAUACAAAUGGAAUUGAAGUCUCCCCAGAUGAUGCUGCUACUAAAUUUCAAAAGCAUACAAAAGGUAGCAUUUAUAGAAUUCUACUUGAAGAGAAGGAAAAGACACCAGAGACAAAGGAAGAAAUUGCAAAAGAUAAAGAAACAUCACAAGAAAAUAAAGAAAUCAUUGCUAGUCAAGAGCUAUAUGAAGAAAAUCUUCAAAAACAACUAAAUGACCCUCUAAAACAAAUUACAAGCCUUUCCAAACAAUCCGAACGGAUAGAAGAGAUUUUAACAAAAGAUGAACAAUCAAUAAAUGACUUCGAAAUGUUAAUUACAUGUAAACAAAAUGAAAUUAUAACCAAAGAGCAAGAAUCUAAAAAUCCUUCAAUUAGUAAAGAAGAAAAAACGCAACUGGAAAGGCAAAUAGCUGAUCUAAAAAAUCAAAUUGUUAAUUUACAAAACCUUUUAAGUAAGAAAGAAGAAGAGUUGAUCGAUUUAAGGAAAAAAAAUUAUGUAUUGAUAGAACAGAGUCUUUACUAUCUAACACUUAUUGAGUCUUUUCGAGAAAAACAAAAGGAGAUAAACGGAUUAAGAGAGGAAGUAACCAAAAAAAUUCCAUCAGCUGAAGAAAUAGACAAUUUACUUUAUUUACAAGGUGAAUUUAACCAAUUAGAAACUGAAUUAGAAAAAAUUAUUUAUGAAUUACCAUUAAUUAAAAGCAAACUUUUAAAAAAGAGAUAUUUUAAUAUUAAUCAACUACAGGUAGAUGAGAAAACAAUAAAUAAUUCAGACAAAGUAAUAACAGAAUUUAAGAGUCAAGAUUUUUUUGAAAAUGAAUUUGCCUAUUUAAAUGAAGAAUUGCAAAUGAUAAUUGAUAAUUCUAAUAAAAAUGCUGUUAAGAAUGCUUUACUUCUUAUAAGAGCGAGAAAUAAUCAAUCAAAUUUAUCUAAUAGCCAUAAUACAGCUAUACAAAAAGAAAAAGAAAUAAUUGAAAAAACAAUUAUUUUCUUAGAAAGCAAGCAAAUUUUUUUAAAUACUCGCCAAGGAACUAUUUUGAAGUUACAAGAAUGUUAUGAAAAUUUUAAAAAAUCAAUUGAUACUGGA